CGCUGCCAUUCUCCGCCCACGCCCCCAUCCCUUCCCCUGCUUUUGUUGUGGAUCGGAGUGAGGAAAAUGGGGCUCGCGGAGCUCUUGGUCGUCUUCGCGGUGUUGCCGUCGGCCCUCCACGGCGAACCCGGAGCCUGGGAACCACAGAUGGCAGUGCCUCCACCAACGAAUAUUGUCAUAGAUUCGUACAAUUUCAACUCAUCUGUUCAGUGGGAUUAUGAAAGCAAGUCAUCAAAGACUCUCUUUGUGGUGAAGAUCCUGUGCUAUGGGGCGCCUACUGCUGUAGAAGUCAGUAACUGUGUAAACAUAACAAAACACUAUUGUGACCUCACCCACAAGAUUGAUAAUCGCUGUCAUUCAUUCUGGAUACUAGUUAAGGCUCUUUCUGGACUGAAUGAAUCUAAAUAUAUACAUUCUGAAAAUUUUCACGUGACCAGGCAUGGCCGAAUAGGACCGCCAAAACUUAAUCUCUCCAUUGAAGAUCAGGAAAUCAAGGUUGAUAUUAAACAUCCUCUCACUCCGUACCACGGGAGGAAGUCCCCACUUAAUGUAAGGGCAAACUUCACCGACUUCGCUUACAAAGUGUUCCUUUGGAAAAGUGGAAGCCCAGAAAAGCGUGAGCUAUAUAUGACAGAUGAAGAAUGCUUAAGCAGAACAUGUACCAUAAGUCUUCACAUUCCUUCUUGGAAUACCUCGUACUGUGUUUCGGCUCAAGGAUUUUCAGAUGAGAAUUCUAUUGAAGGUGAAGAAUCCAAAGAGAGCUGUAUUGGUCUUCCAUCUAAACAUUCAAUAGAUUUAACAGUAUCUAUCACUCUUGGUGUUGUUGGCUUUGUUAUUUUGGUGGUAAUUCUUGCGGGAAUCUGCAUAUGGUUAAGCAAGAAAAAGAGAGACAUUAAACUUCCUAAGUCUCUGGCUGCUGUGGUAAGGAACAUGAACCCAGUCUGUUCUGACUCAAAACCAGAAGGCUCUGUUAUAACUUCCUCGUCCAUUACACCCAUAUUGUCAGAGUGUGAAGAUGAAAAGUUGAUUGAUCCCAUUGGAGAAGUUAAGAUUCUUGACCUCGGCGACUCUGGAAAAAAAGCAGAUGCUGAUAACUCUCAAGGAGCUUUAAGUAACGAAGGAGAGGUGAGCCUUCAAGAAGGCAUUAUUGUGGAAAUCUCUGAAGGUGAACAAAGCUCUGAAGAGAAUGACAAUUAUUUUAAAUCUCUCAGUGGCCAAGAAGAGAUGUGUAACAGUAAUCCAAAUCUGGAUCUUCCCGGAGCAGACAUGCAACAAUCCACACUCCUAGAAAGUUGCAAAAUUAUGUCUGGCUAUGACAGGCAUCGUUGGCUUCCUCCAGAUGUAGAAGAAUCACUGAAUAGACAGAGUUCCAGUACCAUGCCAGAAGCCUAAGAGAUACAUUUCUCCGUUUGAGAACAUUCUGAAGCAGUUAUUGCAGAUAUCCAUUGCAAAUAUUUAUGAGCACUUCACACCUAUCAGGUAUUCUCCUGGUAUGACAAUUUGUGGGUUUUCUCUUGCCUCUGCUGUUGGAAACAGUAUGUUUCUGAAUUCCAGUUGCUGGAAAACACAAGACCGGAGGAUUUUGUGCAGGUCCUUCUUGCAGGCUUCCCAUAGGCAUCUGGUUGGCCACUCUGACAACAGGAUGCUGGGUUAGAUGGGCCACUUGCUGUAUUUUUAUAUCUGAUAAGUUACGUUCUUACGAUACGAAAUUUAAAGCUAUGAUUUCCUGAGGCCAAAGAAGUAAUAAGCUGCACUCCUAUACAUGCAUACCUAGGAGUAAGUCACAUUGAAUGAAUCUUCCUUCAGAGAAGACAUGCAUAAAAUUGCGCUUUGACAGUUUCAUGAUAACCAAGGACCUACUUUAACUGUGCUCCAGAGAAGGGCAUUAGCCAUGAGCUACCUGUAUACUUUUUUGCUGUAAUACUCAUACUGGUUGGCUUCAAUAAAUCUCACAAAAUCUGGACAAUAGGUAUAUACAUAAAGGGGAUAAGUUUCUCUUUAGUCGCCUUAAUUGAUGAUCUUCGACUUGAACUAGACAAGGGUAAUUUAUCCCUGCUGGUUCUAUUGGAUUUAUCAGCUGCCUUUGAUACUAUCGAUCAUGACAUCCUUUUGGAUCGCCUAUAUCAAAUGGGAUUUAGAGGUAUAGUAUUGCAGUCGCUCCGCUCUUUUUUAGAGGGCAGGUCUCAGAGAGUUGCCCUCGGGGAUUAUUGUUCCACACCCUGGCCUUUACGGUUUGGCAUCCCUCAGGGCUCCGUCUUGUCCCCAAUGUUAUUUAACAUUUAUCUCAAACCUUUAGGUAAGAUUAUUCGAGAAUUUGGAAUCCAUUAUCAUCAAUAUGCGGACGAUACUCUAUUGCUCUUUUCCACUGAAUGCAAAAUAAGCUGUUCGUCCCCUUAAUCAUUGUCUUGUGGCAGUACAGAACUGGAUGAACAGAAAUAAACUAAAGUUUAACCCAGAAAAAACAGGUCAUUCUUAUCGGAAAAAGUCCUCUCCAAGAAACAGGCAACUUACCGUCACUAGAUGGAGUUCUUCUUCCUCUAAAGACUCAAGUCCGUAGUCUGGGUAUAAUUUUGGAUUCAGCUCUGACUUUAGAACCCCAGAUUACGGCCGUUUCCAGAAUUGCAUUUGCCAAAUUAAAACUUGUUCGUCAACUUCGACCGUUCCUGGGAAUGUCUGACCUAAGAAAAGUUACCCAAGCACUAGUGACCUCGCGGUUAGAUUAUUGCAAUUCUCUAUACAUCGGACUUCCCGCCAAAUCGCUUCGACCGCUUAAGCUGGUACAAAGAGCAGCAGCAAGAAUGAUUACCGGAUCCAGCCCGUGGGUCCAUACUACGCCCCUUCUCUAUCAUCUGCACUGGCUCCCCAUUGGAUUUCGGCACCAGUUUAAAAUACUGGUUUUAACAUUCAAAGCCCGACAUGGAUUGGCACCGACAUACUUGACUAAUCGUCUUUAUGAAUCUCAGUCUUCUCGCCCUAUCAGAUCGACCACCGAAUCUACUCUUACUGUUCCAUCGAUGUUUACCAUUCGACAUACGGCUAUUAGAAAUACAACUUUCUCGGUUGUUGCUCCCUCCUUAUGGAAUCAACUUCCGCCCGAGAUACGACUUUCUUCUUCUAUCAUCGAUUUCCGCCGCCGGAUUAAAACAUUUUUAUUUUACCAAGCUUUUAACGUUUGAAGGGAAAUGUCUUAGAAAAUUGUUUAGUAACAAUAUUUUUUAACUUGUACUUUUAAUUGUUUAGUUUUAUUUGAUCCUGUAUUGGACUAUGUUUUAUUGUUCCUCCGCUCUGAAUUCUAAAUUUUUGAACUAGAGCGGAAUCUAAAUUCGUUAAAUAAAUAAAUAAAUAAAUAUCCUCAAGCAUUAAAUUGUACCCUCCCCACCAGUAUCCUUAGGCCUUGUCCUAUGUUUGGCUGAUUUUAAUGCCUCUGUAUAUGGGUACCUCCCCCUAACUAUGCUUUCUGGUCCAAUGUCAUUGGAUUCCUCGGAUUGGAAUGGAUAAAACUCUCCUCGCCACGUGGCUGGGUGCUAAAGACAACCCAGUUCUCUUUUAGUUGCAAAUGUGAGCUGGAGUAAUCUAUAAAAUAAAGAAUGUGUAAAUUAGAAUAGAAAUUACGCACUGUGUUUGUUCUCAGAGACUAUGUUCACUUUUGAAAGGCAUGAGCGAUAGAUAAGCAGUAAUGCAUCUCCGAAAUUAUAUUUUCAUUUCACUGACUGGUUGGGAAGCUUUUCUAAAACCUGAUACUCGCAACAAGACACAGGUCACUUGGACUGGGGGAGGGAGCAGCUAAUAGAAUGACAGUAACACACCAGAUGCUCCAGCCUCAUAAAUUAGGAGAAGAUUAUGCAUAGCCAGCUGUAUCAUAUAAAUGCCCAGUUUUUUACACUGCACCAUGACUCUUGGUGUUGAUCAUAUGGUCUAGCAUCUGGUCAGCCCUAUCCACUUCCUAUAUAUCUCAUUUGCUUUUUAGAUUAUUUAUGUUCAGGACUUCCCCUCGGUUUGGCAUGUUCCUUUAGUCUGCCUAUAAUAAGACAUAAUAUGUCCUAGUACCAAGAAAAAAAAGAAAUCAAGUGUAGCGUCAAAAGGGGCAGAAAGGGAAGCACAAACUGGUGCCAAAUGGAGACCAUAUUAAACUGAAUGGACAAGGACUGUGGUUCCACAUUAACUGCUAGUUUAACAUGGUAUGCUUUCAAGGGGAAUGGUUUUAUCUAGUUUGAGAUUAUCCUUUUCCCCCCUGCAGAUUAAUUACUUAUGUGCAGUACAGGAUCCACUUAGCAACUGCAGUAAGAGCAGCUGAACCUCCUAAACUAAUGAGUUGCCACAAAAUCUUAUGUGACAACAAACAUACAAUGUCAAAAUCAUAUUUUUUUGGCAUCUAAAUGCUUUUCUUUGCCUUUGAACAUCCUACAGAUAAAUUGCAGUCUGAACCUGCAUCGCUGAUGCCAUGUAGCCCUGUUAGCAGAUUACAAAAAGGAAACCCAACUUACUUUGAUUUUUUUUCCUGGAGCAGACUGCAAACAAGUGUUCACCCAUCGCACCAGCAGUAUGGUAUAGAAGAUGGAACUGCAGGUGAAGAAGCGUCUACGUUGGAGGGAGGGAGUGGUUAAGCAAUCAUACAGGCUACAAUAGCAGGUAUACUCCCCUUCCUCUCCUGACAUGAAUUCUGUCAUCUAUCCACAGUAAUCAGUGUACAAUAUAAGAAACAAAACUCUUACUCCAAAUUGGAUUUAUUUGCCCUCAGUGAUGUCACACUGACAGAUCAGAUUGAUUAUUGAGUGCUUGGAUGCCAUCACAUUGUGAGGAUGCAGCAGCUCCAGUGGAUAAAAAAAAAUACGGCAUUCUGAGAGGGAAAGUAAAUAGGUGUCUAAGUUCAGGAAAAAGUACAGUUGGGGAGAUUUUCUGGGAAUGAUGUGGGGUCUCAAAAUGCACCAAAAUGUAUGUUAUACAUACAGCACCAGAACUGCUCAUUAGAAAACAUCUUGGUGCGGUCCUAGUUUUUUAACAAUUGGGUAAUUAAUAUGGUACUCCCACUGACCCCCCAUGCUCAGCAUUUUUCUUUCCUUUAUGUUUAUUUCGCUAUUAAUAUCUGAGAGCCACGUAUGGUUAGCCAGCUAUUGCUGUGCAGUUAUCUGUAAUGGUGUAUAAAGCCCUCCAUCCCCAGCCCUCUGUCCUGUCCUUUGGACAAACCUGUGUGACACCGUUGGCCACAAAGAUACAGCAAUGGUGGGUUUGAGUGAAAGGCAUGGAACAUGUUCUCUAUGCUUGUAGGAUUUUACAACACCUUUGUAUUAGCACUUUCUCAUAAUAUAUGUUUAUUAUGAUACAAACAUAUAUACCAGUUUGGUUAAAAUGUUUUUUCUUCAUGGAGUUUUGUUUUGAAAUAAAAAGUCAAAAAUAGAGGCUGCAAGAAAGGAAGAAAACUACAUAACAAUACAACAAGAUCACUAAGUAAGGGGAAAGGAAGUGAGCUGCAAAUAUCUCUUAAUAUCAGCUGGGUAAACUUGUGGGGCCUUUGGAGAAGUUCAUUUAACUAUCUGGAGAAUUUGGAUGUCUAUGUAGCCAAAUCAGUCAGAAAAAAACUGUCAAUAGAUGGCGCUCUUGCUUUGUGUUCAGCACUAUCUGGAAAACUAGCAUCUGGACAGUAAUUGAUUUCAGCUAAGGCUGGAA